GUCAUGUGCUCGCUUAAACGCGCCUGUAUACGAUGGGAAAGCCACCUUGGCUGUCAAAGACAGUACUUGCUAUAAUUUUACUCGCAUGUUGCCCCAGUUUCGCACGCGCACAAGACGCGGAUGUCGCAGAAUCCUAUGAGGACAUAGUGCUCAAAAUUAAGUCUGCUUCAACCGCGAAUGAGACGCGCGUCCGUGUAGCGCUGGUGCCUGGUCGACGGUAUUCCAUCGCUGACUCGCUGACUUCUGGCGGCCUGGACGCUCUGGUGCUCGAGGGCAUACCUAGCAACAACCCAGAUGACCUGCCAGUGCUCGAGUGCACGGAUGGAGCCUCGGUCCUGGUGUCCAACGCUUCCACCAUCGUGCUCGCGAACGUGCGAGUUGAGGGCUGCACCGGCCCCGCGGUCCUCCUUCAAAGUCCUAUUGACGCGGGGGUGCAGAGGCCAGUGAACUGGACUCUCUCAAAUGUGGCAUUUGCUGGUAACCUGGCACAAGGCCCGCCGGUGCGGCCAACACAGCCGCGCUCUGUAGCUUUUACAGCGUCAGCUGUCAUGGCCGCGGACCUCCAGGGGUCUCUAAUGAUCAGCGGCUGCACUUUUACGGCGAACGGAGGCGCACCGCAAGCAGACCUGGCACAUGCCACGCCGCCGGUGGGAGUGCUGUGCACCGGGGACGACGCCGCCACCUGCGGCGUUUCUGUGACAGACAGCAACUUUCUGAGAAACUACGGCUCCGUAGCGUCAGGCAUGCUGCUGCAGACCAUGGGCUCCGCAACCGUCACGCUCUCAGGAGUUGACUUCACAGACAACACGGCCAGCUGGACCUCCCUCCGCACCGCCAGCAUUGCCGUCCGCACAGCCGUACCCGCAUCCGCCUUCCUGCACCUCAUUCAGAGUGCAGGACCGGCCAUCGUGCAGAUUAGAGCUUCGGACGUCUCGUUCAGCAACAGCAGCAGCUCGCACGGGAUGUCGGUUUUGCGGGUGGAUGAUGUGAACGAUAAGGCAACCGUCACCGCAAUUGAGCUCACACGCGCCACUUUCACCCGCCAGACGUCCGGCGCGUCCGCAUUGUUGUUGGUCGGCCUGCGCCAGAUCACAGCGACUGGCUUGACGGUUGAGGGCAGCACUUGCAGCUUGAAUGGCGUUGACGGCCAGCGGUUUCUCAGCGCUGGUUCGUGCGUUUGCAUCGGCGUGGAGGAGGAUGAGGGCCGCACCAGCUCCGUGGACCUGACGGAUGUGGCCAUUCUGAACAACACAGCUGAGAACUCAGCGGCGCUCUUCAUUACGACCUACUACCAGGUCAUGCCGCGCCUGGCCGCAGCUGCGACUGCAGGCCGCCUGAGCGUGUCAGGCCUGCGCGUGGAGGACCAGACCUCAACCGUGUUGGCGUCAGCCGCGAGUUUCUCCUACCUGUCAUCCGUAACCGUCACCGGAGGAAGUAUUGCGCGCAAUCUUGCCGGCGGUGGAUUGCUGAUUGAGGGCGCAGCAUCAGAGCAAGCUGCGGACGUGACCGUCAGCGGGGUAACGUUUACGGGCAACACCCGCCAGCUGCAGAAAGACGCUCAAGGCAGGACGCAGUCGUCUCUCAGUCGAGGCGGGGGCCUGUACAUCACCAACGCGGUGACCGUGUCGCUCACGGACGUCGCAUUCUUUGACAACGUUGCCGAACUCAGCGGCGGUGCGGCCAUUUUUGAGUCCCUCGCUUCUCUGGCGGUUGCAAACGUAACCGCCGGGAACAAUAGUGUUGGCGAGAGCACCGCCGCUGAAGGCGGCGAUGGCGGCGCUUUCUUCAUCAGCGGCGUCUCUGGGCUAACCACAUUCGGCGGGGGCACGUUUACGCGGAAUAGCGCAUUUAGAAAUGGCGGCGCGCUGGCGAUUCAGGAGUCAGGACAGCUCUCCCUCAUAAAUGUCACUUUCAACAGCAAUGACGCUGGCGGCUCAGGUGGGGCGGUGGCGUUGCAGCAGCUCUCGGGUGAGGACGACCCUAGCGGCUUCCUGCAGUGUAACUUCACCAGCAACACAGCGCGUGUGCAGCUGAACGUCAAGGACUCGGAGACCAUCACUGCGCCCAGCACGGGCGGCGGCGGCGCCAUUGCCGCCGCCGACGUGUCAAACGGCAUGCGGCUUGAGAGCUGUGUGCUGGUUGGCAACUCUGCCACGCACGCUGCGGGUGGCGCCGUCAACAUCCAGACCUCUCGUUACCUGCUCGUGAGCUUCACAGCCGCAAAACGCAACAGCGCGGGCACCAACGGGGGCGCUUUCUUCAUUAGUAACAUGGCGUCGGAAACCAGCUCCUGGAUGCCGAAGAACAGCUUUGAGCAGAACACCGCCGGCCUCGCGACGGGCGGCAACAGUGGUCUCGGCGGCAUGGGUGGGGCCAUUUUCGCCGAGACCAGCACCAUUGCCACAACCUGCUCAUCCUUCAUCGGCAAUGCGGCAAUAAGGGGCGGCGCGAUCUACGCCCGGCUGCAGGCCCGCAUAGCGAUGCUGGGUGAGCAGGACCUCUCAGACUGCACUGCCCGCGCGACGCUGGCAGCCGUGUCGCGUGCCACGUCAGCCUCGGCCCCCACGCUCUACCCGCCGCAAGGCUUCACCGCCGCCGCCGAACCCGCGUCGUACGGCAGCGUCUUUGCCAACAACACAGCGCUCAGCGGCGGGGCGGUCUUCGCGCAGGACAGCACGGUGUGGGUGUUUGAGAACCCGGAGCCCAAAUGGUUUACGUACGGGCGCAAGGGAGUGCUGUUUGCCAACAACACAGCCUCCUCCGGCGGCGCGGUGCUCGCCUACUCGGCCCUGGCCGUCACCGUCCGCGCCGACUUCUACAACAACAGCGCCGAUGCGGCGGCGGCCACGCAAGCCGUGGCGGCGCGGCUGGGCGUGCCAGCCUCCAGUCUGGCGGCGGCAACGGAGCCGGGCGCCGGCGGCGCGCUCGCAAUCAUCGGCAGCGAGCAGUCGUCGCUGACGCUCACCGACAGCGCCUUUGUGGGCAACAGCGCAGUGGACGGCGGCGGGUUGUACCUGGCGGCGAGCGAGGGCUGCAGCAAGCCUGACAGCUGCUACGUGGCGUCCGUGCAGGGCGUAAUAAUGGAGCGCAACGUGGCGCUGGGCGGCGGCGGCGGAGGUGUGUUCUGGGAGUAUCCGGGCCUGCUGAGCAUGACCUGCGCCGCGCCGGCAGAGCUGGCGCCGCCGCCCUCGCCGCUGGGCGACGGCUCGGGUGACGGCAGCGACGGCGGCGGGUUUGUGGACCCCGGGCUUGGCGGCGCCGAAGCGCCGCCGACCCAGCCGCCGCCGCUGACGCCAACGGCGCCGCCUAGCCCCUCCCCGCCGCCGCCGCCCUCGCCGCCGCCGCAGCCGUACCCGCCCUCGCCGCCGCUGCCCCCGCCGCCGGCCGAGUACCACCGCGCGCCGCCAGUCGUGCUGCCCGACGCGCAGCUGCGCGCCUGCGACAGCUGGAGCGGCAACGCCGUGGAGGGCGGCGGCUACGGCCCGGACGUUGCCUCAACAGGCUUCGACCUGGUGUCGUCGCCGCACUAUCUGGACUUCUACACCUCCUCGGCGCCUGUUCAGGCCAACCUGUCGGUCUUGGACUACUACGGGCAGCGCAUGUCGGGCGGCAACCGCAGUGUGGUCAUCCGCGCCGUCAGCGUGCAGGUGUUCGGCCAGACCUACAUGGCGGCCGACGGCGGCCUGGCGGAGUUCGACGACCUCAAGCUGCGCGCGCAGGCGGGAUGGCAUGACGUGGACUUCGCGGCGGAGACAGCGUACCGGCAGCUGUCCGCCAGCGGGCUGUCGCUGUACGUGCGGCCGUGCACCAUUGGCGAGUACCUCAGCCCCACGCUGGACCAGUGUCUGGCCUGCUCGCCCGGCUACUACAACUUCAACCACACCGCCAACCUGUGCAACGCCUGCGACACCCAGGCCGCGCUGUGCAGCGACCCCGAGUUCCCGGGCAUGAUCAUCCCGCAGGACGGCUACUGGCACUCCAACUUCUUCAGCGAGCAGGUGAUGGACUGCCCCAACGGCGACGCCUGCACCUACGACAACCGCACACAGGCGCUGUCGGACGUACAGCAGCGAGUCAUGGCAAUGGCCCUAGCCAUCCAGGAGUCCCUCGUCACCCGGCCCAACGCCACCUCCACCCCCACCACCUCUCCAGCUGCUUCAGGAGCGGUCAGCAGCGCGGAUGGCAGCAGCAGUAGCAGCAGCAGCAGCAGCAGCAAUGGCAGUAGCAGCAUCGCUCAGCGAGUGCUACUGCAGGAGCGCUAUCAGGAGCUGAGGCGGUUGGCCGGGGACAUCGUGGCCAGCCUGGAGCUGGGGUCGGGCGGACGUGGCCGCGACAGCAGCUCACCCGGGCUUCCCUCGUCCUCCUCCUCGUCCUCCUUGGGUGCCGUAGCCAUUCGUGUGGACACAGACUCGGCCCACAGCGCCUCGCGGUCUGCAGCCGACGUGCGGCGCUGGCGCGCAGAGCUGGGGUCGGCGGAGGCGCGCCCGCUGCUGCCGGCGCCGCUGCUGGCGCUGCGGGCGGCCAUGCGGGAGCUGCUGGCGGCGGCGGGCGGUGACGCCAGCAGCAGCAGCAGCAGCAGCGCGUACGGCCCCGCGGCCGAUGACGACGACUACGGCCUGCUGCUGCAGGCUGUGUCGGUCCUGUACUCCAACUACACCGCGGCCCUGUGCGCGCCCGGCUACGUGGGCGUGCUGUGCGGCAGCUGCGACGUCGGUUACGGCUCCACCGGGCCCGCCACCUGCCGCCUGUGCCCCAGCGCGGCCGCCAACGCCGUGUACUACACACUGGCCAUCAUGCUGACCAUGGUCAUCCUGGCCUGGACCAUCCGCUCGCUGCUGACUCAGUCCAUGAUCGCUGCCAACCGCGCGCGCAACACACGCAAGUGGGAGGUGAUGGGCGAGAUGCGCAUCAUGGGCCGCCCGGUGGUGGACGCGCAGCUCAUGUCGGUGCUGGAUGACGACGAGCUGCCCGACAUGGAGCCGCCCGCGGGCCCCAUCUACGGCAGAGCCCUGCCCGCCAAUCUGGCCGGCGGCCUGGCGCAGCUGCGGCUGGCCUACCGCGCCGGCGGCCUCCACGACGACGGCUCCCAACACACCGCCAGCGGUCCCUACAACGCCGGCGGCGCCUUGGGAGGAGGUGGCGGCGGCGGUGCCAGCGGGCCGUUCGGCCGCGGCAGCACCGCCGCCUACCAGGACUCUGGCUACCUGUCCGAGCAGGCAGUGCCCAUCGCGCACGCGCACUCCGCUCUGUCCGCUGCGGGCAGUGCGGCGCUGCGUGUGACGCGUAGCAACCACCCCACCAGCUACAGCUACAGCGGCUGGGGCGCGCCUGCUGCCCCCGCGGGGGGAGCCUUCUCCGCCACCAACAUGACCACAUACGCCGGCCUGCAGCAGCAGCUGCAGAUGCAGCACUCCGCCAUGUCGCAGCAGCAGCACCACCACCACCAACAGCACCAGCAGCCGCACCUCACCGCCCAGCGCAUAUCGCUGCAAGCCCAGCAGCUCUCGCAGUCGCAGUCACAGCAGCCGCUGGCAGCGCAGGCGUCGGCGCCUGUCAUAUCCGAGCGGCCGGGCCUGCCGCCACUGCCGCCGGGGCGCGGCUGGAGCCUGCGCCGCAGCCAGGCGUCCGCAAGCGUCCUGCCCGUCGCGACGGGGGGUGGCGCCGCCGCCCUCGGCUACGGCACUGGCACCUCCGGAAGCAUCUCGCCUGCAGUCGGCGGCGGCCGGCACUUCAGCGGCAGCCAGUUCCCCAACCCGCUCGCGAGCUCCUCCGGCGCGCCCCUCAGCAGCUCGCCGCCCGCCGCCGCCGGCCCCCAUUUCUCCCCCUUCGCCUCCUACCAGGCCGCCGCGGCCGCGGGCGCCGUCGCCAGCGCCCGAUCCACUGCCCUGCUCAGCACCGGCGGCGGAGCCGACCCCGACCCCGACGGCUACGCCUUCGGUGCCGCCUCGUCUUCGGCCGCGACCGCGGCCGCGGUGGGGCUUCUGACGAUGCCGAGCCGUGGCGUGUCAAACCAGGGUGGUCUGGACCCCUCACCGUUGUCGGCCGCGGUGCAGCUGACCACCGCGGCCGGCGAGGUGCAGGAGCUGGCGGCAGUGGACGAGGAGGAGCAGCUGACCAGCUCGCAUGGGUCUCGUGAAACGCAGGUGUACGCCGCUGCGCCUUCCGUCGGCGCGCCCUCGGCGGCCGCGCUCUCCACUGGCCCGCCGUCUGCAGGCGCCCCGUCGGCGGGUGCGGGUGCGGGAGCGGGCGUGGGCAUGGCCGCGGGAGCGGGAGGAGCCGCGAGCGGGGGCGUGCUCACGUACCGCGUGUCACUUGGCAGCCAGCACGAGCAGGAGGGGGCUGGCGAGCUCCGGCGGACGUCGCUGGCGGGUCCCUCCAUGCACCGCCUCUCGCGCUCCCGCGGCCCCAGCCACAAUGGCGUCGCCGAAGACCGGGAGGGCUGUGCGCGCUUGCCGCGGCCUCAGCUACAAGUGCAGCUGCCGUCACCGGCACAAGCACAGCAGCACAGGGAGGCUGAGAUGGAGGGAGCGGGCCCGGAGCAAGAGCAGCAACAGGCGCAACAAGAGCAGGAUCCAGAGCAGCAGCAGGACAGGGGCGAGGGCGAGGGCAUAAAUCCGCGCGAUUCCGCACAGGACCGCCCCGGGCACGCCACCGCGCUUGAGGCGGCGCAGGCGGCACUCAAGGGCCGCAAGCGUGGCGGCGGCGACGGCGAGCCCAAUGGCAAGAAUGGCGGCGACGGUGGCAAAGGCGGCGGCGGCAAGGACCGCCAGCACCCUCAGCAGGGCGAGGGGGACGAGGAGCAGCAGCAGCAGCAGCAGCAGCAGCAGAUGCCGCAGUCCUAUCCGGCGCCGCAGCAGGGCCAGGGCCAGGCAGGCUACGGUCCGGAGCCGCCGUACCUGCGGCCGCACGCCUCCGUCCCAUACCCGGCGGCUCCGCCGCCGCCCCCCGCCGUGCCGGCGCCGCGCGCCGCCCGCGCGCGCCGCGCCAGCGCCGGUGUGUACGGCCCCUGCGGCUCGCCUUUCGGCAUGCCGCCGCCCGGCUACCCCCACCCUUACCCGCAAAGCCCGGGCGCUGGCGCCGGCGUGGCCAGCCCUUUCUACCCCCCAGUCAUGGCUGCCGGCGGCGGCUUUGCCGGCCUGGGUGGCGGCGGCGGCGCCGCCGCCGCCCACGUCAGCAUGGCGGAGGCGCUCCUGUCGCCACGCAUGGCGUCCGCCACCGCCGGCGUGCGCCGCCACCCCUUCUUUGGCGGCGUGGACCGGGACGGCAACGACGUCAUUACUAAUGUCGUACCGCGUGCCGCCGGCAGCUUCCUCGCCACCAACCGCCGCGGCAGCCUGCUGAACCUCAUGGCGGCGGCCUUCAGCGGCGGCGCCGCCAGCGGCAGCGGCAUGGCGGCGGCGGCGGCGGCGCCCGCGCCGCCGCCGGCGCCGUACAUCACGCCUGUCGGCCGCUUUGCGGCUGGCGCCUACGGACCCAUCGCCGCCGGCGCCUCCCCAGUGCUCAUUCCGGCUCACGGCAGCGGCGGCGGCGGCUCGCUGGUCGUGUCGCCGCGUAUGGCGUCGGCGACGGGCAUGCCGUCCGCCUUUAUGGCGGAGGUGUUGCGUCGGCGCACGCGCGAGGACGCCCGCCGCGUCGGCCGCGCCGCGCGCAGCGGCAGCGGCGCUGGCAACCCCAGCGCGGAGCCGACGCCGACGCCAGGCGCCCUGGUGCUGGAGAACGCCGCCGCCGCCGGCGUCAGCGGCACCGCCGCCGGCCUGGUGGCCGCCCUGAACGUCGGGCGCAGGUCCGUGACCAGCCUGGGUGCGGUGCUCCGGAAGCGGCUGGCGGGGUCGGCGCUGCUCAGCGCCGGCGGCGUCAGCAGCGGCGCGGGAAGCGGCGGACCGAACAGCGCGGAGAUCGCCGCCGCCAGCCGCGCCGCCAGCGGCAGUCGCGGGCCGCUGCCGCUCGGCCCGGCUGGGCUUGGCAGCGCCGGCCCUGGUGCCGCCAGCGGCCCGGGCGGCAUCAGCGGCGGCGGUGCGCCGUUGUCGGGCAGCAUCAUCCGCGGACUGGGCCUGGAGGGCGCGGGUGUGGUGGAUGAGUUUGGUGUGGAUGAUGACUAUUGCUACUACGGCAUGAGCAGCGGCAGCCCCUGGUCUGGAGCGAUGUCGCAGCAGCAACAGCAAAUGCAAACGCAACAGCAACAGCAGUACGCGCCUAUGCAGGCCUUUGGAAUCAGCGGCGGAGGUGGCGGCGGUGGCAUGCCGCCGCCGGACUACCCGGGCACCGGCGGCGGCGGUGGCGGCCCAGGAGGCUAUGGCGAAUUCAGGGACAUUGGUGGGGCGGGCGGGUACCCCCGUGACAGCGCGCCGCACCCCAGCGGCAGCGGAAGCGGCAAGGUGGUCAACUCCAUCGCCGCCAACCCCGCGCCCAAGCCGCUGCAGGACGCGGCGGUGAUCAAGAUCUUCAUCAGCUAUGUGCAGAUCCUGGCGCUGACGCGCGCGGUGCCCAUCCCCAACCUGCCUCGUGCGCUGCUGGGCUACAUGCGCUUCUACGACCAGAUCACAGCCAUACCCGGCAGCCUGGUGUCACUGGACUGCAGCCUGCCGGACGCGACGGGUGUGCCCAAGGCCAUGCAGCGCAUCAUCCUGGCCGCCCUGGCGCCGCUGUACGUGUCCGUAAUCGUGGGCCUGGUGUGGGUCGGCCUCAUGCUGCCCGUGUACCGCCAGGAGAGGCGCGCCGCGCUGCGCGCCGCCGACGUGCCCACGCUGCGAGGCGUGGCGCUGCGCUACCUGCCGCCGCGGCUGCUCAUGUCCUUCGCCACCGUCAUGUUCUACUUCUACCCCAACACCGUGCGGGCGCUGCUGUCCAUCUUCAGCUGCGUCAGUGUGGAUGACGGCUAUACGGACAACGCACUGGCGGUGGCUGCCGGGCUGCACGCGGGCAAGUACUGGACGCUGGACUACGACGUCCGCUGCUACGUGGGGCAGCACCUGGCGCUGGCCAUGGGGCUGGGCGUGACGGGGCUGCUGCUGCUGGCGGUGGGCUGGCCGCUGGGCGUGGCGCUGUGGCUGUACGACAGGGCUGGCCGCCGCGACCAGCAGUUGGACUUCAGCGACUUCAGCCUGGUGGUGUACAGCAGCUACAGGGAGCUGUACCUGCUCAAGUACCUGUACUGGGAGAGCAUCAUCAUGCUCCGCCAGCUGUGUGUGGCGGUGGUGGUGGUGCUGCUGGCGCACAAGGGCGUGGCGGUGCAGAUGCUGGUGGUCAUCGCGGUGGUGGCGGGCGCACUGGUGCUGCAGCUGUGCGUGCAGCCCUUCAAGACGCCGACCAUGAACCGGUUGGAGGAGACGUCGCUGGUUGUGAUCAUGAUCACCAUCUACCUCAACCUCUACUACAUCUCGCCGGACAUCAGCCAGGCUUCGCGUGUGGCUCUGGAAAUUGUAAUCGUGUUGCUGAACGCGGUCAUGCUGGCGGUGUUUGUGUACUUCAUCACGCGCACAAGCUGGGACAAGCAGCUGGACAAGAUGGGGCUGGACCGCCGCCGAGUGUACGAGAUGGAAGCAGGCGAGAUCCAGGCGUCGCUGCGGCGCAAGUACGGGCGCCGCACCGCCGCGCUGCUCACGCGCGCCGUCACCUUCGCGCAGCGCUUCCGCUCCGUCCAGGCGCAGCUCAGGCACACCAGCAGCACCAUGCGCCAGCAGCUGGCGCAGCUGCCCCUCCGGGCGCUCACGGGCAGCAGCCGCGGGAAGGCCGACAGCGCCAAGUCGCUGGACCCAGUGGACGGCGAGGGCAAGAACCACAAGAACGCGCUGGAGGUCGAUGGAACCGGUGCGGAGGCGCAGGGUCAGAGCGGGGCGGAGCCCCACAACGGCAAGCAGACGGAGCGAGGCAGCCGCGGCUACGAGUCGGGCGGUCUCGGCAAGGGCGCUUCGGGCGGAGGGGCAGCGGUGAAGGACCGCGACAGCGCGGCGGCGGCGGACGGCCGCGUGCGGAAGGAGCUGGAGGCGGUGGCGGCGGCGGAUGGGGACGGCGGCCGCCGUGCUGGUGGGGGCGGCGGGGAGGCGGUGUUGGGCCGUCAGCCAGAGGUGGCGAUGGAGCUGGAGGAGGAGGGCUUGGACGUGGGCGCUGCUGCGCGCUGUGGGAACAAGCGGCAUUAGGGAGCUAGGUACAGAAGCGCGUGAGCCUUUCGGAAUGAGACCAACGACAUUGCGGUACAGAGCUUGUUGAAGCGCGCCCGCGUGGCGUGCCAGGCACUGAAGCUUUCAUUGCGACCUCGGAGACGAGACGCCAUUCUACAUAUCGACGGCUUUAUUCUUCGUGCCCUGAGGGUUGUAGAGAGGGUUGAUCCAAAGGAGUUGUACGACCGCGUGUGUGCAGAUGAUACAUAGUAAUUGUUGUGUGCUUAUUUUUGCGUGGGGUGUGUCCUCGCUGGGGGCUUUGCCACCAAGCUGAGAAGCGGGGUGGAGUGGGGAUUGUCUAUUCCAAUUUCCAACCAAGGGUCCGUCCUGAUGGCAGCACAGGCAGUUCCGGGCGCGUGCGUGGCUCUGCUGCCGAGGGAUGCUGGCUCCCCGCCCAGGUCGUUGCGUUCUGUUGACAUGUUGAUUAUUAGUUGCGAUCCAGUUUCUGGCCAUUGUAUGUAGUCUGGGCCAAGCGACCAAGUGCGGCAGGCAACCGUGGUGAGCCUGCAGCCUGCAGGGAACGGCUCUGCCGGUGGUGUGGUGGUAGAUGAAGCACGCCUCGUCCUUAUGUCCAUGUAAUGUAUGAACGUAUCGA